AGAGAGGUGAGAUAAGUUCAGGCACAGAGGGAGGCAUGACAGUUCAGGAGGUGUCAGUUCACUAGACAGAAAGAAAAACCACAACGGAGGAAAACCACAGUGGAGGAGAGAAGCAGAGCAGUGCAUAUCAGAAGAAGGACACAGGUGGUGGACAGGUCUAAACAAAGCCAUGGAAAACCUGGAGGAGAUGAAAUCUUUCAAACGGCCAGAGAUGUUUGAAUUCAAGGGUGUCACUAUGAUCAAUUAUUUUACCGAUAAUUGGGACAAUAUACAGAACUUCCAGGCAAGACCAGAUGACAUCCUCAUAGCCACGUACCCCAAAGCAGGAACCACUUGGGUGUCAUACAUCCUGGACCUGCUGUAUUUUGGGAAGACGUGCCCUGAGCGUCAGACCAGCCUACCCAUCUAUAUGAGAGUGCCCUUCCUGGAGAUGACCAUCCCUGUUCUCCCUCCAGGAAAGGAGCUGGCGGACAAACUCCCCACCUCACCUCGUCUCAUUAAAACUCACCUGCCUAUCCAGUUUGUGCCCAAGUCCUUCUGGGAGCAGAACUCCAGGGUGAUUUAUGUAGCUCGAAACGCCAAAGAUAACGCUGUGUCUUAUUUCCACUUUGACCGAAUGAACAUGGCCCAGCCUGAACCUGGGGACUGGAACAGCUUCAUAAAGAGAUUCAUGGAAGGAAAGGUGGUGUUUGGUUCCUGGUAUGAUCAUGUGUGUGGAUGGUGGGAGAAGAAGCAGACAUACUCCAACCUGCACUACAUGUUCUUUGAGGAUCUGGUGGAGGACACAGGCCGUGAGUUGGAACGCUUGUGCUCCUUCCUGGGUCUGUCUACAUCAGUAGAAGAGAGGGAACAGAUCAGAACAGGGGUCCAGUUUGAUGCUAUGAAGAAAAACAAAAUGACCAACUACUCUACCGUUUCAGUUAUGGACUUCAAAGUUUCACCAUUCAUGCGUAAAGGUAAAGUCGGUGACUGGAAGAAUCACUUCACGGUGGCUCAGAACGAGGAGUUCGAUGAAGACUACAAAAACAAGAUGAAGAACACCACACUCCGGUUUCGAACAGAACUUUAAACUAGCAGAUGGAUGCUGUGA